AUGGAGCGAGGCUGUCACAUCAACAUUGCAAUGACAGAGGAUGUCGGCACCAACGGGACGGCCGGGUCAGAGGUCGUCACAGCCGUGGGCCAGAACAAGCCGCAGUGUGGCUCCACUGUGAGCUUCCACAACAUCCAGUACAAAGUUCAGCUGAGGAGCGGCUUCUUAUGCAAAAGGAAAACCAGCCACAGGGAAAUACUGUUCGACCUCAAUGGGAUUAUGAGGCCUGGCCUCAACGCCAUUCUUGGACCUACUGGAAGUGGAAAGUCUUCAUUCUUGGAUAUUCUGGCUGCGAGAAAGGAUCCUUUAGGUCUCUUGGGAGAAGUACUCAUUGACAAAGCACCACAGCCUCCAAACUUCAAGUGCAUCUCUGGCUAUGUGGUUCAGGAAGAUGUGGUCAUGGGCACCCUGACUGUGAGGGAGAAUCUCCGUUUUUCUGCAGCUCUGCGGCUGCCCAGCUCAGUGCCUCAGAGUGAGAAGGAGGCUCAGGUCAACCACCUCAUUAAAGAGCUGGGCCUAACCAAGGUGGCUGACUCCAAGGUGGGCACACAGAUGAUGCGGGGGAUCUCAGGAGGAGAGAGGAAGAGGACAAACAUCGGCAUGGAGCUGAUUAUUGAUCCCCCGGUUCUCUUUCUGGAUGAACCGACCACGGGACUGGAUGCCAGCACCGCUAACUCUGUCCUGCUGUUGCUGAAAAGAAUGGCUAGUCAAGGAAGAACCAUAAUUAUGUCUAUCCACCAACCCCGAUACUCCAUCUACAGACUGUUUGACACUCUGACUCUGCUGGUUGGUGGUAAAAUGGUUUACCAUGGACCAGCGCCAAACGCUUUGGACUACUUUGCAAACAUCGGUUACCUCUGUGAGCCCCACAACAACCCGGCUGACUUCUUUCUGGAUGUUAUUAAUGGAGCAUCCUCCACCACAAACAUGACCAAAGGCCAUGGCUCUGAAGAUCUGGACUUUGAGGAGCUCAUCGGUUCCAGGCAGAGCAUCGAGGAGAACCUGGUGGAGGAGUACAGGAACAGCAGCUACUCCAGCGACACAAGAGCUGAGCUGGAGCGCAUCGUCCAGGAGAAAAAGUGUAUCUCGUAUUCAACAUCCCACCCCAUCACCUACAACAGCUCCUUCUUCCACCAGCUACGUUGGGUUCUCAAGAGAACCUUCCAGGACCUCAUGCUGAACCCACAGACGUCUGUGGCUGAGCUGGGAGUCAGCAUUUUCCUCGCCCUCGUUGUCGGAGCCAUUUUCUUCGGGGUCAAAGAUGAUCAGAGUGGUAUGCAGAACAGGAUGGGCGUCCUCUUUUUCAUCUCAGUCAACCAGUGUUUCAGCACGAUAUCUGCAGCUGAGCUCUUCAUCGUCGAGAGAAAACUGUUUGUGCAUGAGUACAUCAGUGGCUACUACAGAGUGUCUGUCUACUUCCUCUCUAAGAUCCUGUCUAACAUCACUCUGCGCACCAUCACCUCUGUUAUCUUCAGCUCUAUUGUCUACUUCAUGAUUGGGCUCAAAUCCACAGCUGCACCUUUUUUGAUCUUCAUGCUGACAGUGACUCUGGUGAAUUACACAGCCACAGCCAUGACCUUUGCCAUCUCAGCUGACCAGAGCGUCGUGGCUCUGGCCAACAUCUACAUGACCAUCACCUUUAUCUUCAUGAUGAUUUUCUCAGGUCUCUUGGUGAACCUACCCAGCAUGAAGGACUGGCUGGCUUGGUUGCGGUACUUUAGCAUUCCUCGCUACAGCUUUGCAGCCUUGCAGAUAAAUGAGUUUGUGGGUUUGACGUUUUGUGACGAGGCUGUGAUCCUAAACACCAACACGUCCCCUGAAAGGACAAAUAGCAGCGUGAGCUCAGUCGGCCUGACUUGCACAGGAGAGCAGUAUCUGGACUACCAGGGAAUCGAACACACCACCUGGGGACUGUGGGAGAAUCAUGUGGCUCUGAUCAUUAUGAUGUUCAUAUACCUCAUCAUCGCCUAUCUGAAACUCCGCUACAUCAAGAAAUUCACAUAAAUGUGUUGUUAUGCAUCUUUUUUUUUUGUCUUCAAUGAACCCGGCCAAAAGAUGUUCACCAGAACUUCACCAUUAAAAGGAUGGUACACCAUUAUUU